CCCGAAAGAGGGCUGUCCUGCCCCGGGGACGGCUGACGGCCGGGUUCGGUGCCCUGCCCGUCUGCUGGGGAUCGCCCUCCGGUCCUGCCGCCCCCCGGGCCGCGCCUGCCGGCGGGGAGAACCGGCGAAGGCCGGGGCUGAGCUGCGGGAGGUAGGGCUCCGGCGCCGCUGGCGCUCCGGGCGGCCCCGGCCCCGGCUCCCCGCCCCUGCCGGCGGAAGCCGCGGUUGCCGGGCAGCGCGGCGGGGCCGGGUCGGGCCUUCGGCUCCUGCCGGGCGGCCCCACUCCAGGCCCAGGCUGCGGCCUCCCUCAGCCCGGCCCCAGCCCCAGCCCCGGGCGGCAGCCGGGAGAGCUUCUCUGCGGCCUCCCUCGCACGGCUGGAGGAGACUGUAGACUGUGACACAAGCUCCAGUCUCCAUCGCUGGACCCAGUGUUGCACAUCAGGUGCUGUAAACUCAGCACGUGGCUCAUCUUUGCAUCAGAGAGGAAUCACACACGUCGAGUGGUGGUUGGUUUCCGUGGUGGAGGCAGAGUGACCGCAGGAUGUGUGAAGGGCCAUCCAGGAUUUCUGGACCCAUUCCUCCAGACCCUACGCUCUUUCCAAACUAUUACAAAUGCCCCUUCUCAGCUCGAGGGAGGCUUGAAGGGAAUGCUCAGAAGCUGGAUUUUACCUCUGGCCCCCUGGACCUAGUUCCCAACCCAUACCCUGCUUUGGGCAGUGCCCGCCAAGUCCAGGCAGCCCCUCGCAUUCGCCCCAGUGGAAAGGACUUUCUGGAGAAGGGACAAAAGGGGACGCUCAGUCUCGUACUGCAGCUUGAAGGGAUCUCCCUUGACGGGGAGCUGCCAGUCAAGAGGAAAGAGUCCAAGGACCACGAGAAGGAAAAUGUGAGGCGAAUAAAGGAGAUUCAGAAGAAGUGCAAAGAGAAGGAGCGAGCCCAAGAGCACAGCCAGCCCAAGCCUGUGAAAGCUCUGUGGAAAUCCCAGAAAUACGAAAAUGUGGAGUCAAAGGUGAAGGCCAAACUGCAGGAGAGCUCCCCACCUCCAAAUCCAGAGGCUCUGAAAUUCCUGAGGGCAUAUUCUCGCUGUGGCCCUGGGAUCAAGCCAUGCAGACCGCUCUCCCCAAGGCCUGCCAGAACAAAAGCAGGAGCAGACGCAGAGGCUCCAGAGGCACUGGGUGCUGAAACCAAGAUGCAGGUGGAGGGCAAAAGCAUUGACUUCAUUAAGCACAACGCCCGCAACGCCAAGCGGGCCCCGCUGCGGCGCUCCCAGUCCCUGCAGGCGCUGGCUGAGCUGCUGGAACAGAGGCACCGGGAGCAGGAGGAGUACAACACCAAUCAAAAGGGCCACGUCCCCCAGUACCUGCUGGAGAGGAAGGAGCUGUGGCGCAGACAGAUGGAGGAGCAGCUGCGAAACCUGCCAGAUCCUGACACGCCACCUGGUCAUACCAUGAUGCCGGAGGGCCAGCGCCUGGAGACCCUCAGCAAUCUGAAGCAGAGCCAGGAGCAGCUGAUAAAGGACCUGGUGAUGCUACCAGUGCGCGCGGACACCCUCAGCAUGCAGAAGAGGCGGAUAGAGCUGGAGAGGAAGCUCUCCCAGAUAGAAGAGGCCAUCAAAAUUUUCUCGAGGCCCAAAGUCUUCAUCAAGCUGGACUCCUGAGCUGGUGGGGCUGGGUGUGUUGUGCUGCUCUGUGUGAAUAUCCUUCGUCGCUGGGAAGGGACAAUCAUCACUUUGGGAGGGAAGGAGAGGAAGGCAAGUUCAGGACCAUGGGCCCAUGCAGGUGCUGAUACAAUGUCCAACAUGCAGGUGGUGUCUCUUGCUCACGGUCCAGUGCUGUGUCUUGUCCGUGGAAAAGGGAGGGAGAUACCCUAAUAUACUCUUUGCUCUGUGGUCGGGA